AUGACCUCUCAAGGAGGUUUGCCUGUUGCCUUCGUCAAAGCGGCUGUGCGUUUCAAUGUGUCGGAGUCGGACUUCCUUCUUCUUGGUACACAUGGCAUAGCGACGUUUGAGGCGUUGGCUUACCGUCUCAUCAAAGCUGAUGAUAUGGAAGUGUUUAUGCGCGAAGAGAUCGCGCCGAAGGCUGCAUACAAGCAGCCUGACGGCAUAGUUGUCACUUUCGAUCGGGCCCCCGCUGUCCAGUGGACGACAUUCAAAAUGUCUGGAUGUCCCAGCUUCUUUGUCCACAAAGGAGCUUCUUGCGACAGCGUCCAGGUCAGCAUUUCCAUUACAGCUGUGUACAAUCCAGAUACCGAUACGGACAAGUCUCAGUUACCGCGAGAAGUCGCAGAGGUACUGGGUGUUGCGUUGAACACGCAAGCUAUCACCUCUGAGAGGCGACUGCUGGUUCAACCGAAGCAUACUAGGAAGCUGAAUUUGGGCUUGCUCGUUGAUCGAGUACUGGCAAGCAACUACCUUCCGCCAAGUCUUGCUGCUAGCUUGGUAGGCAAAUUCGGUUUUCUCUGCAGUACCAUGUUCGGCAAAGUUGGCAGGUGUUGCGCCACGUGUGUACGUGCCAGACAGUACUCGUCUUCACAAGACUGCUCAUUAGACUCUGACCUGAGGACAAGUCUUAUGUUGAUGAAGCUGUUCAUGCAGAUAUCGCCUCCCAGAUCCUUAAUGCUAGAUUCGGACCCUCACCCAGUUCUUCUGUACACAGACGCGUCAGAUGUGCCAGAAAGACGGGAGGGCCGUUGGGCUGUAGGCGCUGUCAUCGCCUUCUUCGAUGAAGGAUGGAAACUCGAGUACACCGCCUGGGAAGUCCCUGAAUCACUAGUUAGCAUGUGGAUCCCAAAGCAGACCUACAUGGGUCAGUUGGAGAUCCUUGCCGCUCCGCUGGCAUUGGCAACCUGGUCACAACGGCUUCAGAGCUGUAGAGUGAUACACUUCGUAGACAAUGAUGCCGCAGCGAGCUGUCUAGUGAAGGGCUACAGUCCGAAAGUGGAUUCCUCGGCACUGGUCGGAGAGUACUGGCUCCGCGCCUGUCGGAGCCUCGUAGAAGUAUAUAUUGACCGAGUUGAAUCGAAAUCAAACAUCGCUGAUGGUCCCAGUCGAUUUGAAUUUUCUGAGGUUGAAUCUUUGGGUGCCCGGUUUGUACAUCCAAAACAUGAGUCAAUCGGAGAACCCAUCCAUCCUCUGUCUGCAUGGUUUUCGAAGGGUUGA